AUGAGAUUCACCGCCCUUACUUCCGUUGCAAUUCUCGCAGCUACUGCCGUCGCUGCCCCAGCCAUCCAGAGAGAGGAGAAACGGGCUUUUGUCACUGAAGAGCUUGAUCCCCGCGGGUUCGUUACUAAGGAUAAGCGCAGCUUCAUUACUGAGCCUGAGAAACGUGGCUUUGUUACCGAGGACAAGCGAGGAUUUGUCACUGAGGAGAAGCGUGGCUUCGUCACCGAGCCCGAGAAGAGGUCUUUUGUGACUGAGGACAAGCGUAGCUUCGUCACCGAGGACAAGCGCAGCUUCAUUACUGAGCCUGAGAAACGUGGCUUUGUUACCGAGGAGAAGAGAAGCUUUGUCACUGAGCCCGGGAAGCGUGGUUUCGUCACCGAGGAUAAGCGUAGCUUUCUUACGGAGCCUGAGAAGAGAGCGUUUGUAACUGAAGACAAGCGUAGUUUUGUCACUGAGCCCGAGAAGCGUGGUUUCGUUACCGAGGAUAAGCGCAGCUUCGUCACCGAGCCUGAGAAGCGCGGGUUUGUCACUGAGGAGAAGCGAUCUUUCGUGACUGAGCCCCACAAGAGAGGAUUUGUCACGGAAGAUAAGCGCGCCUUCAUCACUGACGAGGACAUUGAGUAG